GUUCCUGCCAGGCUUCGUGGCUGCCCCUCCCGAGAACCAGGGCUCUGAGCGCCGGGAGAGACGCGGAUCUACCCGCUCUCGGAUGCCUGUGAUGCGAGGUCUGAUCGCGCCACAAAACACCUUCUUGGAUACCAUCGCCACCCGUUUCGAUGGGACCCACAGUAACUUUGUACUGGGGAACGCCCAGGUCCAGUCCCUCUAUCCCAUCGUCUACUGCUCCGAUGGCUUCUGUGAACUGACCGGCUUCAACCGCGGCGAGCUGAUGCAGAAGAGCUCCAUGUGUCACUUCCUGUACGGCAGCGAGACCAGCGACCCCCUCACCUCGCAGAUGCAGAAAGCUCUGGAUGAACGUCGGGAGUUUAAGACCGAGAUCAUUCUGUACAAGAAGUGCGGCUCCAAGUUCUGGUGUCUGCUGGACAUCGUGCCAAUAAAGAACGAGAAAGGCGACGUGGUUCUCUUCCUGGUGUCGCAUAAGGACAUCACAGAGAAUAAGGACCAGGACCAUGGCAACGAAGCUGACACUGAUGAGGAAACCGGCCUGGAGAUCCAACAGAUCAGCCGUCCUCCAGGAUUCAACAUGGAGCGACGGCGCAGUCGGGCCGUCCUUUACCAGCUCUCAGGACACCUCCAGAAACAGGACAAAACCAAGAGCAAGCUCAAGAUCAACAAUAGUGUUCUUGGAGCCAAUGCGAACCCGGUGCCAGAGUACAAGGUGGCUGACAUUCAGAGGUCCCGUUUCAUCCUCCUGCACUACGGUGCGUUCAAGGCCGGCUGGGAUUGGUUGAUCUUGUUGGCCACCUUCUACGUCGCCGUCACCGUUCCCUACAACGUCUGCUUCACGCCGGCGGAGAUACGGGAAGACAGAGCAUCAGCGGCGCGUAACCCUCCGAGUGUCAGCGAUAUCUUGGUGGAGAUACUUUUCAUCAUCGAUAUCGUGCUGAACUUCCGCACCACCUUCGUCAGCACGUCAGGUCAGGUGGUGUACGACUCGCGCUGCAUCUGCAUCCACUACGUCACGUCCUGGCUGUUUGUGGAUCUGAUCGCCGCCUUGCCCUUUGACCUGCUGUACGCCUUCAAUAUCAGCGUGAACUUCGGGGUUCACCUCCUGAAGACGGUGCGCCUCCUCCGCCUGCUGCGCCUCCUGCAGAAGCUGGACCGGUACUCCCAGUACAGCGCCGUGGUGCUCACCCUGCUCAUGUCCACCUUCGCCCUGCUCGGCCACUGGAUGGCCUGCGUCUGGUACUUCAUCGGACGCAGCGAGAUCGAGAGCAACAGCCCGGCCACCUGGGACAUAGGCUGGCUGCACGAACUGGCCAAACGUUUGGGAACGCCGUACUUCCUGUCCCCGCUGACCUCCCUGCUAGGAGUCUCUGAUUCGCCGCAGGGCAUCGUGACAGCCGCGCUGACCAAUCACAGCCAGUGGAACGGCAGCAGGACCAGAGCCAGGACGCCCGGCGGCUCGGGGACCACGCUCGGCGGCGGUCCGUCUGUCCGGAGCUCGUACGUCACGUCGCUGUACUUCGCUCUGAGCAGCCUGACCAGCGUUGGCUUCGGGAACGUUUCGGCCAACACGGACUCUGAGAAGAUCUUCUCCAUCUGCACCAUGCUGAUUGGAGCAUUAAUGCACGCCGUGGUGUUCGGUAACGUGACGGCCAUCAUCCAGAGGAUGUACUCCCGCCGCUCGCUCUACCACACCCGCACCAAAGACCUGAAGGACUUCAUCCGGGUGCACCGGCUGCCCAAAGCCCUCGAGCAGCGCAUGAUGGAGUGUUUCCAGACCACCUGGUCCGUUAACAACGGCAUCGACGUCAGCGAGCUGCUGAAGGACUUCCCGGACGAGCUGAGGGCGGACAUCGCGAUGCAUCUGAACAGCGAGCUGCUGCAGCUGCCGCUCUUCGAGUCGGCCAGCAGGGGGUGUCUGCGCUCACUGUCACUCAUCAUCAAGACGUCCUUCUGCGCUCCGGGGGAGUUCCUCAUCCGCCAGGGAGACGCCCUGCAGGCCAUCUACUUUGUGUGCUCGGGCUCCAUGGAGGUGCUGAAGGACAACACCGUGCUCGCCAUCCUGGGUCGGGGGGACCUGAUUGGCUGCGACUGUCUGACCCAGGAGGAAGUGAUAAAGACAAACGCCUGUGUGAAGGCGCUGACGUACUGCGACCUGCAGUACAUCAGCCUGAAGGGCCUCCGCGAGGUGCUCUGCCUCUACCCCGACUACGCCCAGAAGUUCAUCUCCGAGAUACAGCACGACCUGACCUACAACCUGCGGGAGGGGCACAACACCGAGGCGGGAUGCGAGAGUAACGGCGGGAUCCUGAAGAAGCUUCCCUCCAUCAGAGAGGACGAGGAGGGGUCUGGGUCCGAAGGGGAGCGCUCCCCUCUCCCCAAGGUGCCUCCUCUGGGCAGGCUGGGACGAGGACGCUCCCCUCUACCCUCCCCGAUGCGUUCCCCCCUGCCCUCCCCGAUGCGCUCCCCUCUCCGAUCCCCGCUGCUGCCAACAAGGACCUUCAGAGGGGUCGGCGACCCCCCUCGGCCAACCAGCCUGCAGAUCCCCGUGGUGAGCUUCAGCGUCCCGCCGCCAGACCUCAGCCCCCGGUUUGUGGACGGGAUCGAGACGGAAAACCAAAGUGGAUCAGCAAAGGUGUUUGAUUACUCUCUUAAAUCACCUCAGAGCUUACCAACCAGCCCUGACUCAGGGCCCCAUGAGGAGGCUGACACCAUGCAGACUAUCGCUAAGCUAAAACAUGAGAUGAGCGUCCUCUCCGGUCAGGUGACGUCCGUCAGUCAGGAGCUGCAGGAGAUGACGCGUCUUCUGAAACCUCUCUUCCACAACCCCUCCAUGCUGCUGAUGCACUGCGCCAUGACUCCGCCUCCUAGCCUUCAUCCACCCCUUCCUACACAGCAUGCACCUGUGGACAAUCACACUCCUCCCUGCGUCCUGGUACCUGAGCCCAGCAUGACGGCGGUGUUACAAGAGGAGUUUGAUCCUGUCCAGUUUCCACCCAUCACUCCUCCUCAUCCUCAUCCUCAUCCUCAUCCUCUCUCAGCUCCUCCGUCACUCAACAGAUCUCCCCAUGAACACACAGUCAUCCCGCCUGCCUCCUCCUCCUCCUCCAGCUCCAUCCCUUCCCUUUAUUCAUCCAUCACUCCCCUCUUGGUGGACUUAUCGGGACCUGAGAGCAAGCCGAGUCUCCCAGAGUCCCAGCUCAUAUCCAGAUGUUAUUCUCAGCUCAGCUUCAUCAACGAAGGACAGCCGUCGGUGUGAAGAGGGAAGACCUGAACCCGCAUGCUGCACCCGACCCACUGCAUGACAAACAUUUCGGCAUGGGAGUUAAGAUGUAAAUACU